UAGUUUCGAACUAGUUUGAAUGGGUUAAAUUUUGGAGAGUUUUGAGAGAAAAACUUUUUUUGCCUGCAUUGGGCAAAUUUUUGAAGGUCGAGGUAGAAUAUCGGUAAAGAAAGUUUCUAAUGGACAAUGGUCGUGGGUGGUCCCUUAGCGGACGAAGUUGUGUGUGGUCCUCCGCUGGGGUCGGGUAUGGUUAUGCGGGAUGUGGCUGCUUUCGAGUCUUGGAGGAUGAACGACGCUUUGUCCAGACUAACCUGCGACGCUUGGUUUUGUCGAGUCGCAAAGUGAAAUAUUGUGCGCGAUUUCUCAUGAAAUUUUAUUUUUUCCUCUUCAAUUAAGUGUCAAAUUUAAUCCAAGUAUUAACUUUCGGAUUUUAUUUUCAACAAUGCAACUACGCAUGCACUUGUUUGAAACCCGUUGUUUCACAGUAACCACGUGUUGUUUUAUUUUCAAAUUCCAAAGGCUUGAGACAAAAACACAUUUGCGAUGAGAUUGAUUACUUUUUAAAUCUCUUCAUUUGGUUUUUUUUUGUUUAAAAUUGGAUUUGUUUUAGGUGAAAAUGGUCAUGAUGUAUUUAAUGUACUUAUUUUUUAUUUUACUCGGAGUUGGUUGCAAUUUUGCUCAAAGAUAUGAAAUGUCGGAAAGUGAAUCUUGGAAGGAAUUGGAAAAAAUGAGUCGAGACAGGGACGAGAGAUACAGACAUGAAUUAAUGGAAUCUGAUUAUCCUCACAUUGGGGAACAUUCAAAGUGCAUUAGAAAAUCAAAAUGCAUUUACACAUCGGGAAAUUAUCUUUCUUGUAUGGGAACAAUUCUUCCAUACGCCGGAACAUCUUUUGAUCUUAUUCCUCAAUAUUCAUCGAUCGAAAUGAUCAAGGAGAAAUUGUCAGAACUUCAGGCACUGAGGCAUAUUCCAAAGUGUUGGGCUUUUGCGCAAUUGUUAAUUUGCUCACUUUUUAUGCCAAAUUGCUACAAUGACAAUGUCUAUUUACCAACGCAAGAGACUUGUAGAAUGGCAAUGGGUCCUUGUCGUGCAGUUUUGAAUAAUACAAUUUGGCCAAGUAUUAUAAGAUGCGACGAUACGACACUAUUUCCAACUGGUUGCAGCAAUUUUCACGAACCAAGAGAUAUUAAAUUUAAUAAUACUGGCAAAUGUUUGGAACCCCUGAUACCAACUGACAAUCAACUUGCAUUAUUCGAUGAUAUCGAUGGCUGUGGUAUGCCUUGCAAUAAUCCACUAUACUCGAGCGAUGAGCAUAAACAAAUUCAUUCUUUUAUUGCCUGGGGAGGUGGAAUCUGUUUGGCAUUCAAUUUCUUUGCAGUGUUGACAUUUAUGGUGGAUUGGAGGAGUGGAAACAAAUAUCCGGCACUUGUGAUAUUUUAUAUAAAUUGUUGUUUUAUGGUGUCGUGUAUUGGAUGGUUGAUUCAAUUUAGUCCAGGAAAUCGAGAAGUUAUUAUUUGUAGGAAGGAUGGAACUUUGAGAAUGGGUGAACCAAGCGGAGGAAAUCUGUCGUGUGUGGUUGUGUUUGUCAUGAUUUAUUACUCAUUAGUGGCAUCAAUGGUUUGGUUCGUUAUUUUGACAUACGCUUGGCAUAUGAGCUUUCAAGCACUGGGAAAAAUACAGGAUAAAAUUGACAAAAAGGGCGCAUAUUUUCAUCUUAUGGCUUGGUGCAUACCACUUAUGCUAACAGUCACUAUUAUGGCAUUGGGCGAAAUCGAUGGCAAUAGUGUAACUGGAAUUUGCUUUGUUGGAUAUUUUAAUCACGUAGUGAGAUUUUGCUUUUUAUUGGGGCCCUUGAUAUGCGUUUUAUUAAUUGGCGGAUAUUUUUUGACCCGAGGAUUAAUAACUUUAAUUCAGUUGAAGAUUGGCAGUCAGGAUAUUAUAUCGGAGCAUGCAAGUUCAAAAAUUAGGGAAACUAUCGUGAGAAUGGGAUUAUUUUCUGUUUUUACAUUCACGGCAAUAUUUGUAACGACUUAUUGUCAUAUUUAUGAAUUCUAUCACUCUGACGAAUGGAAUCAGAGUUUCAAAAAACACAUGAUGUGUCGAAUAACAACGAAAUACUCUGAUGUCUCGGACUGCAGAAUGGAGUCACGUCCGAGUCUCGCAAAAUUGCAGCUUCAUUUGUUGAGUCAUUUUUUCGCCGGCAUUUUAAUGUCGUCCUGGGUCUGGACUGGAUCUACAGUUGAUAUUUGGAUUCGUUUUUUUCGGAGGGUUUUCAAUCGCGAGAAAGAAGAACCGAUAAAGCUAAAGAAGCACAAAGUCAUUGCUCAAGCGUUUGCUAAACGAAAAACAUUCAACAAUGAUGGACGUCUAUCGAUUAGUUUUUGUAAUUCCCAUGUGGAUCCAGUGGGUUUGAAUUUUGAUUUGACAUCAGUCGCAUCACAACCAUUGAGUUCAACAUGGGCAGCAGCCUUACCAAAGUUAGUGACACGUCGUGGAGCUGUUGAGAAAUUAUUCUCAUCUGGUUCCGUAUCGAGCAAUCGAAGAAAUUCCGUUGACUCAGAAAUUGUGAGUAUACAACGUCGUGUUUCCGUGGAAUCGCGACGUAAUUCCGUCGAUUCACAAUAUUCGGUGAAAGUUGAGGAGAAAAAGACAACAAUGAAAGUUGCAAGUUCAAGAAAUCGUCGCGAUAAAAGACGACGUAAUUUUGGUAAAUCAAGAUCGCACAAAGAUGGACCAUUAUUUCGUCGUGGCAGUACAACAUCACAAGAAAGUCAAUUGGGAGCACAAAUAUUAAAUGCCCUCACCAAUGGAUGUGGACAAAAUGUUCCUGCAAUUCAAAUGCCAAAUAUGAAUCGACGUUCAGCAUUCACUGGACACGAUAUUCCAAUGAUUAUGGAUGCAAAAAGUGCUGGUAAAUUGUUUCCAUUUUUAUUAUCGGAUAGUAGUGGAAGUGAUGAGAAUUUGAGUAGUGAGGAGAAGAAUGAAAGUUCACAAGCAACGAGGGAAAUGAAGAGUAAUGAAAUUGAAGUUGAUAAUGCACCGAAGGAAGAGGAGCAAGAGGAAAGUGAAACUGAUGCCGAUGAGGAGACGAAAAUGUUGAAUAAUCCAGACGAAACUCAAGAACGAAGUAAAAGUAAAAGUAGUAAUAAAAGUUUUAAUCAUGAAAAUGGAAGACGUAGUAUGGAAAGUCGAAGAAGUAAUAAAUAUAUUAUUCAAGAUGAGACGACAUUAAAACAUUUUCUUCAAGAUUCAAGUGAUAUUAAAAUUCAAACAGAGACUGAAAUUAAGGAUAAUAGAAAAGUUGGUGGUAUUGGUGAUUUAGCAUCAAAUUUAGCUCCAUUUUGUCAAGAAAUGGGACGUAAUCAAAAUGAAGCAUUGAUGAACGCGAGGGAAAUCGCAACACAAACUUCCGUUCCUCUCGAUAUUCUCGAAAUGGAAGAAUUGAAACAAAGUAUAGAUAAAAUUAUCAACAAUCGAAAAAAGACUUAAUUUUUCCCCUUUUUAGAAAAAAGACAAUUUUUCUUUUUGAAUGAAAAGGGAGUUUUUAAUACUCGAAAUUAUUACUCGAUUACGUAAAUUAAAUUACGUAUUACGCUAGUGACAACAGGUAUUAGAAAAAACGAGAUUUAUUCUUCUUUUUUUUUUAAUAGAAAAUUUUUUAACUUUUUAUACAAAAAGA